AUGGAUACAUCAUAUAUCCUUGCAUUUCGAGACGCUGAUUCCCAUAAUGAAUCGAAGCGUGAACUUACUUCCACAAAGGCCAACAACUGCUGCUACAAGAUGAAUGAACAAGACGCGGACCUUCCCAGCGCCGGGUCUUCGUUAACCCUGUCGCAUGUGAACGAGCUACGGCAUCCAAAGCAGCUGCACUCAACCGCACUCAGUCGCUUCUUCAUGUCCGAGCGUCUGUUGUCACGCAUCCAGCACCAGCUGCAGGAGAAAAACAGUCGCUGCGUCCUGUGCCCGCACGUGGCUGUUCACUUCAAUGGCGUAAGCAUCAGCGAUGGCCUGGGGCAGCUGGGGGUGACGUCGUUGGAGGGCGGGGGCAUUGUGUGGCUGCAGACAGCGCAGUCGGGGGUGGACGUGUUGGAGAUACACAGGAAUGAGGUCCAGGACGUGACGAACAGCUCGGUGGUUGCACUGUUUCUGCCUGUCACAACAGUGGUCGAAGUGCUGCCGACUGCAGUAGAUGAUGACAAGAAGGAGAGCGAUGCAGUGAAGGGAGUGGCGAUUCAGUUGGUGGAUGGACACCGAGUGAACCUGAUCUUCAAGCCAGGACCCUUUGCUGAAACGACGCACUGCGACGAGUUUGUGGAAGGACUGACAAAGCAAAUGAAGGAUGCCGCGCUUAUCGAGCCGUCGAAACGAAAAAAGGAAGAGCUGCGAUGCCUUGUGAGAAGGUAUUUAAAGCUGGACGAGCAGAGUGGCGAAGGUGUUGCAAUCGCUGAGCAGGUGUAUGCAACCACCGGAUACUAUCUUGGACCCAUGACAGAGCAGGUACCCAAGUUUUCGGCUGACCCGGUGUACCGCAAAAAGACCUUGGAGAAACUCACGGCUUAUUUGAAUCGAGCCAACAAGGAGUGGAGAGACGCGGAUGCGCAGCGCGAACUUUAUACAAAAGCGAAGCAUUCGCGAAACGAAAACGGAUUGUUCGAGUACACUGACACUGUCACGGGUACACGUAUCUCUGUGCGGGACUACGAGCAACGGUAUCUGGAGUACGCUAAGGCGCACGAGGUCGAUCCAGUCCUUCACAUGUUUACUGAUCAAAAACAUGAGGGGCAAGAAGGGAAAGUGCCUGAAAAUAUUGCUGCAUCAUCAGCACAGCGAUCGGAGCCCUCGGAGCUAGGAACGAAAGCACCGUUGUUAUUUAUGGCAACGCUAGGAAUCGAUAUCAGCUCAAGCUGCGUUAUUGAUAAAGACUUCUUUGAAUUCAGAGCAACACCUAUGACAACGGAAAAGCUAGCAUAUAAUGGUGAGGACUUGUCGUUUCGAGCUGCAGUGGACGGUGCUCGAAAAAGCUAUUGGAAUUGCUGGGCCAACACGUUUGAUCAGACGUCUCGAGACUGUGCGAACCAGGCUGGACAAAUUUGUGCAAGGAAUCAACCGCGUUCGACAGCUGGUGUUGCAGGUACUGAUUUGUGUUGCUGCUUCUUUUGCGCUUUCUCUAACGUCGUGCUACCGAUUGUUUCGCUCAGCAACGCGUAA